AUGUAUCAGCUUUCUUGAAUAUAUACUUCAAGAACAGUGUUACUGACCAAAGCAAACCCAAAUUAGUCAAGCUGAUUAUUACUGGUUAAUCAUGGCUGUACAGAAAGAAAAGCAAGAAGGGAAACAAGGUAACACCAAUCCACAAAAACUUAAUUCUUUCCUUUCUCUACGAGGAGUGGCUGGCCGAACACAGCGUUUGAGAACCAAAUCAUCAGCUCAGGCUGAACCAGACACAUCAAUAUCCACAUUACCUGAAGACCUCAUUGUAGAAAUACUUUCCAGGGUACCAGUCAAGCCUCUAUUACGAUUCAAAUGCGUAAGCAAAAGCUGGAAUUCUAUAAUUUCUGAUCCUCGUUUCGCAAAGCUCCAACUUAAGCGGGCGAAAGAAAACAGCAAUAUCAGCUGCAACAGACUCCUCCUGUCAACUUGGUCUCCGCGAUCCUUAGACUUCGAAGCAUUCUGCGAUGAUGAUCUCAGCAAUACAAUAACAAAUGUUAGUUUUCCAGCAAUUGUCAAGGGUCCACCGACAUUUUAUGUCCGAAUUCUGGGGUCUUGUGAUGGCCUGGUUUGUUUACUUGAUGACUAUGGAACUAUGUUCUUAUGGAAUCCUACUACUAGACAGUACAAAGAAUUGCCAAAGCCUAAAGGUGCUGUCUACAGAAUGUUUCUCCAUGGAAUUGGCUAUAAUUUUUCUACUGAUGAUUAUGGAGUCGUAUUUGCUAGCCGUUUUACUGAUGAUGGUAAUGAAGAAACCACUGUUGAACUCUAUACAUUGAAAAAUAAUACUUGGAGAAAAAUUGAAGACGUUGAUUCAACUCCUGAGCCGUCAGGAAGAUCAGGAAUUUUUUGGAAUGGAGGCCUGUAUUGGCUAAAGGUGAAAGGAAGUGAUUGUGAAAAAGUUUAUAUUAUUGUUUCAUUUGAUAUGGUGGAGAAGAAAUUCAAAGAGGUCCUAUCGCUACCAAGACAUUUCGAUCCGAGUAGAUACAAAGCAAAUUUAGGGAUGUCAGGAAACAGCUUGUGUGUAUUCUGUGAAUGCAAAGGAAGCUGUUUUGAAACAUUGGUAUUGAAUAUCAAUGGCACUGAAACAUUCUGGACUAAAUUGUUCAGCUUCCCUCAUGACAGGUUUCCUGGAUUUGAUAAUGCAGUAUUAUGCACAACAAAGAAUGGUGAAGUUGUUUUGGAAUGUGAUGGAUGGAAAUUAUACUUGUACAACCCAAAAGAAGGAACUUUCAGGAAUUUUGAGAUGAAUAAUGGUGGGGAUGUUUGUGAGUUAGAAUUAUAUAUAGAAAGUCUAGUUUCACCUAAUGUUUAGGGGAGCACAUAAAUUAAGAAGAAGCCCUUAGGAGCAGAAUGCAUCAUAUAUGUUAAGAGAAUACAUUCACUA